UUCUUUUCGACCAAGUCACGGAGUAAACAGAAAGGGGAGGGUUUGGGAGGCGGUCCCGUCAGACAAGACGCAGGUGAGCGGUUUGUUUCACGGCUCUCGGACGUUUUUUUAAUUGAACCAGGGAGUUCAGCGAUCAGUCAGGGAGAUUGGCGCUAUAUUCAACAGAGAUGUACUGAAAGAGACCUUUUCUUCAAUUCUGGGAUUUUUUUAAUCUACGAGGAAUGUGCUGACGUUUAGUAUGGAGGACUUGAAAGCCCCCAUCAGGUUUUUCCACAAGUCUUCUUUCAGCAUCAGUAGCCUUCUGCUCCGACGAGAGGGAGUGAUGACUGACGGUGGCGCCGUAGUAGAGUUGCCUCCUCCUCGCGCUGCCAAGAACCGACCUCAUUUGCAGUCGGGACAGGCAGGUAAGGAACUUUGUGUUCGGCACACGGAAUAUAACAUCGAUUACAAGAAGUACAAUGACAAAAAAGUGUGCAUGGUGAGAGAGAAGUCGGUCGCCGGCGAAGAAAGGAGAGUAAAAAGCGGAGAAGGGAGUGAUGAAGAGAGAGAAGACAAGACAGACGGCGAUGGAGGGAGGAAAACCAAGUACGAGAAACCUCCGUUCAGCUACAAUGCGCUGAUAAUGAUGGCGAUUCGCCAAAGUCCGGAGCGUCGGCUCACCCUCAGUGGCAUUUACGAGUUCAUCAUGGGAAACUUCCCCUACUACCGUGAUAAUAAACAGGGUUGGCAAAACUCAAUCCGCCACAAUCUGAGCCUCAACAAGUGCUUCGUCAAAGUGCCCCGGCACUAUGAUGAUCCUGGUAAAGGCAACUACUGGAUGCUUGAUCCUUCCAGUGACGACGUAUUUAUUGGUGGCACAACUGGGAAACUACGUCGACGAUCCUCUGCCGCUUCCAAAGCAAAGCUUGCCAUCAAAAGGGGCACUCGCCUAGCCUCCGCCACUGCAGCUGGGCUCGCAUUAACCGGGUCAUUUUAUUGGCCUGUGGCACCUUUCGUUACUAUCCAACCUACGACGCAGACACACACUGGCUCAGCACUUGGGUAUAGCUCCUCAUAUUUCGGGUCACAUCACACUAACUAUGCCUCCACCGUCUUGUCCCAGACCUCGCAUCAUAUAAGUGCAGCGGCAGCAGGGGCCGACCGCCUGUUGCAGGUCACCCAAGAGAGUCCGUUCUUCGGGGCGAGUGGCGGCCUCCCUCGACGCCACCAGAUGACUUCGUCUGCAUCGUUCGCCUCGUCCGCGCUGCCUUGCGCCUUGUCACUCCCAGGUCCUUCUUUUAACCUGUUUCCCAGCCAAGCCAGCUAUUAUUACUCACACCAAAUACCCCACCCGACGACUCUCAGCACACUGUCCCAAGAAGAAUCCUCGCUUCCGAGGGCCUCUCCUGGCGGGCACUUUGUGCCUGGAAGCAACGGAUCCUCGGAUUACAUUGGGACGCUGUGUGCCGAGUUUCCCAAUUAUUUACCCUCAAACAAUCAUAUAAGUUCUCUAAAUGCUAUUCUCCCGUAGACGGAAAGGACACCUCGUCUUUAUUUUAUCCAUACAAAUUAUUACUUCGUUUUUAUUCUCGUGUAAAGUGCACCUGGUUUAUUCGACUAUAGCCGAUAGCCUAUGUUUUAAAUGUUAUAUAUAUAUAUAUAUAUAUAUAUAUAUAUAUAUAUAUAUAUAUAUAUAUAUAUAUAUGUUUUAAUAUGUUGAGUUUAGCCUAUCCGUUGCUACUUGUUUGGCACAGCAGCCUAUACAUUUUUAUGAUGCCAGGGGUGGCGAGUUAGAUUAAGUGUAAUAUUAUUUAUUUCAGUUAGCCUGCUUUUAAUGAAUACCUGACAACCUUCCACCUACACAGUAAAAUAACCGGUAAUUGAACUCUUAACAGAGUAGACUACAUAUGAGUCCAGCUGGGACCAGGUGCUCUGUAAUAGUUGAUUUACCACUGUACAUUUUACUGUGCAUUAAAUUACAUUAUUUAAUGUGUAAAUAAAUUACAUUAUUUAAUACAUUAUUUGAUUACACUGUACAUUAUUUCUCUAAAAUUCCGUAGGCCUAUCAUAUCAUAAUCAUACCAUACCAUACCAUAACAAUUAACCUUUAAACUGUAAAUCUACUAGAUGUCUGUUUAUACGUUUAGGAAACAAUAAUACUGUAAGUGGUGGGCCUAAUGAUAAGAAACAGGAAAUUAAACCGCUAUCUGCAGCUUGUUAGUGAGUCGUUAACGACAUCAGGAAGCCCAGUCUAAAAAUGAAAAUAAAUGUUUUGUGCAGUUUAUGGUGAUAACUGGUAGUUAGAAUGGUUAAAUAUGCUUUAAUUUUUAAAAUACCGUAGUCUAUGCUACUGCACAAAUGUGGAAUCUAUGGACAAGACGGAAAAGUCUCUAAUUGGCGCGCAGCAAUUCGGUCCUGGUCAAUUUUUAUUUAUUCUUUUCUGGAGAGCUGUAGAAUAUGACAUGACCAAUGAUUCAUAGAAAGACAAUGUUCGAUGGAGUCCAGUUUCAUGUAGGCAAUGCACGCCUAUAGAAAUAGGUAGCAGAUAGAUUUGACAAGGCUUUUCGCCUUCUUCCAAAAGAUUGUACCUAGACCGUAGAAUUUUGUGUGAAUGUUAUGAGCUCCUGGUGAUCUAACCGUUUUGCACGUGUCCUGGAACAACUGUAUAACCGUCGCAGGUGCACAUCGGUCGUGGUCUGAAAGAAGUUUGUCAGGGGGAAGUGUGUGUAGGGGCGGCGGGGUUUGGGUAUUAUCUCCGAGUUAAAAUAUUUCCAAAUAGACUUGUGUGUUUAUAAUUAAAUUUGCUUGUUUACAUAUCAAUUUGGAAAAGCAUAAUAUUGGUGUUUAAAAUGUAUUAUUAUGGUUACGAUGUCUUAUUAUUAUUGUAUUCUUCUUCUUCUAAUUAUUAUUAUUAUUAUUAUUAUUAUUAUUAUUAUUAUUAAUAAUAAUAAUAAUAAUAAUAAUAAUAAUAAUAAUAGGCUAUAGGCCUACUUUUAGUGCACGCCGUCUGUAGGUAAGGGUAGAGUAAAAUAAGUUUACUGUUACGAUGUAAUCAGUAUUGAUAUGUGCAGUGGACAAAAUACAAUGGUCAAUAAGAGCUGCAUGCACUUUGUUAUUCAGUUGUAAUUGCAAUAAAAAAUGUCGUUGCCUUUGUUCGUAAUAAAUGUUCAUCAUUGUC